UACAGCAGGGACCCGCGCGGGCGCAGCUGUUACAAGCCGCGCAGUCUAAUCUUUCCCUCGUGAACACCUACAUGGAUUUCCAAUACUGUGUCUGGCAGGUUCCAGAGGGAGUGCCUGCCUCCUCUUGAGCCCUCUGCCCCGCGCGUCCUGAUUUCUAAGGUCGAUAUUCCUGGGGGAGACUGAGGGGACUCUUGGCACUACAAGCUUCCUUAGAGAUUCGAAAUGGUUCACUCAGUUUCCCUGAACACUCCCUGCUGCAGACCGGAGAGGGAUGGAUGUUGUAACUCAGCAUGAACUAACACACUACUGUGGUCCUUCGUGUGUUCAUAAUGCCAUUGGCUUAGAUCGGCUUUCUGCCACUCAGUGUUUGCGUGGGCACUUGUGCAGAGGCCAGCGCCAAAGGGAGUUGGACCUCUCAAAGAACGUCAGCGCACCGCCAGACGUCAGGAGCACUUUGCAAGGGCCAUCUGGAGACAUCAUCGACUUUGGGAUCCGAAGGCCUGAAAUCUUCAGCUGCAGGUUUGAAGGACUGGGCAAGCGGGAAAGAAGCUGCUGACGCGAUGGUGCUGCUUAUUAAUCAUUCACCAGUCCAGAGCCGCUCCACUUAAUGGCCAUACCGCGCUGAGCUCUAGCCUCUUGGUCUCUCCACGCUCCGGUGUGCCUUGGACCCACAGAACUGCAAGAGAACGCGCGCGCGAGCAGCCCUUGGGUGAUGCGCCCGGCCGGCAUCGGUAGGAGCCGCGCUCGCCGCAGCUGCUGCACUCUGCCAGGCGGCGCCAGGCGGCGGUGAGCAGCGAACUGGGAGUCUAGAGCCUGGGGAGGGCGCAGGCAGCAAGGGCGCAAGGUGAGCGCCCUAGUCCCUGAGCGGUACCAGCCCCUUUCUGCCGGGAUGUUCUCCAAUGGCACCGCCUCCUCUCCCUCCUCUUCUCCGAGCCCCAGCCCAGGCAGCUGCGGGGAAGGCGCCUGCAGCAGGGGCCCCGGGGCCGGCGCUGCGGACGGCAUGGAUGAGCCAGGACGAAACGCUUCCCAGAACGGGACCUUAAGCGAGGGCCAGGGUAGCGCCAUUCUCAUCUCUUUCAUCUACUCCGUAGUCUGCUUGGUGGGACUGUGUGGGAACUCCAUGGUCAUCUACGUGAUCCUGCGUUACGCCAAAAUGAAGACCGCAACCAACAUCUACAUUCUCAACCUGGCCAUUGCUGAUGAGCUGCUGAUGCUCAGUGUGCCCUUUCUGGUCACUUCCACGUUGUUGCGCCACUGGCCCUUUGGCGCGCUACUUUGCCGCCUUGUGCUCAGCGUGGACGCGGUGAACAUGUUCACCAGCAUUUACUGCCUGACUGUGCUUAGUGUGGAUCGCUAUGUGGCUGUGGUGCACCCGAUCAAGGCAGCUCGCUACCGCCGGCCCACUGUAGCCAAGGUGGUGAACCUGGGUGUGUGGGUGCUGUCUCUACUGGUUAUCUUGCCCAUCGUGGUCUUCUCACGCACAGCCGCCAACAGCGACGGCACGGUGGCCUGCAACAUGCUCAUGCCCGAGCCCGCCCAGCGCUGGCUGGUGGGCUUCGUCUUAUAUACAUUUCUCAUGGGCUUCCUGUUGCCUGUCGGUGCCAUCUGCCUGUGUUACGUGCUCAUCAUUGCCAAGAUGCGCAUGGUGGCCCUCAAAGCCGGCUGGCAGCAGCGCAAGCGCUCAGAGCGCAAGAUCACUUUAAUGGUGAUGAUGGUGGUGAUGGUGUUUGUCAUCUGCUGGAUGCCUUUCUACGUGGUACAGCUGGUCAAUGUUUUCGCUGAGCAAGACGACGCCACCGUGAGCCAGUUGUCUGUCAUCCUCGGCUAUGCCAACAGCUGCGCCAACCCCAUCCUCUAUGGCUUCCUGUCGGACAACUUCAAGCGCUCUUUCCAGCGCAUCUUGUGCCUCAGCUGGAUGGACAACGCAGCGGAGGAGCCUGUCGACUACUACGCCACCGCCCUGAAGAGUCGUGCCUACAGUGUGGAGGACUUCCAGCCCGAAAACCUGGAAUCUGGAGGCGUUUUUCGUAAUGGCACCUGUGCUUCCAGGAUCAGCACGCUUUAAAGCUAGGCACUGCCUGGAGGGGGAGAGAGGCCAAAAAUGGGGAGUGAGGAGCAGGCGUGGGCCAGUGAUAACCGCUUAGUUAGCUGGACCUAGGAAAGCCAUGUGACCAAGGUAAAAUGGAGAGUUUUGUGGGUUACCUGGGAAGGCUUUCGGGACAUCUUCUCAGCCCUUCCUCCUCCCUACACAGCGCUUGCUACUUUGAACAACUCUUCUUCAAACCCGGUAACUUUGAUGCUCCCAGUUCUGCUAGUACAAACCACAAACUUAACGUCGUUAACGCAGUUUGACAUUUGUCCCCUCAAGUAGAUAUUUCUGUUUCUUUAAACUGAGCCAGCAUUACCGCUAUGUGUUUCCUUUGGGCUGAGUCCCCAGCCUGUGCUCAUCCUGGUCACUGCGCAGGUCAGCCGGCCAGACUCUGCUCAAAGCGGUUAUCAGAUUGUCCCAAACAGCCGCUCUCCUUUUGCACAACCUUACUUUUAAGGAAGCCCGGCUUGAGAAUGACCAGGCAACUUCACAAGGAAGGCAUCUUUCCCUGGGCGCUUCCUCCCUCCACUCCACCCGCACCCAGAGCAGAGCUAGGUGCUUAAGAAAAGGUCUUGCACCCAGAACACCAGACGUCCUAUAGCUCCACCCACGUCCUCUUUCGGAGGAAAAAAAAAAGGAGUAAACAGAAGGACAAGUUUGUAAGAUCCCUGGUUUGUGGAUAUGGGUACCAUAGAAGUCACUCUACCCUUAGAGCUCAGAACUUGAGCACUAGGUUCCUAAAUUCCAGCGAGGGGCAUUCCCAACUGGGGAAUGACUUAGGCACGCUAGAGGGUGCACCUGAAUUGCAGGGCAGACCCUCUGGGUUCCCUCCUUAGAAUAACAAAAGAUUCGUUUUCCUGCUCUAGUGUAAGUUUCAGGUCCAGCUCAGGCUCCUCCUGUGAUGACUACAGGGCCUUUGCCAAAGCUGGUUCUGUAGCUGUAACUUGUGUGGUCCUGGAGGGUUCCGGCCUUUCAAGCGGUGCCUAAUAAGUUAUUUCUUGUUUAACAAAUUUAUUUAUUUAUUUAUUUGUGGUGUUGGAAGUCCUGUGUUUCUGCUUUUCUCUACUUGCCUAACAGGGCUGUCCUUGGGAGUUCUGGGAGCUUCAGGGUGUGGGCUAGAGCAGGAGAGGAGAAAAGCUCAGCCUAAAGCCCUCUCAAGUUCUGCUCUCUUGGAUAAUCUUAGGCUUUUCUCAAUCCUUCCUAUUUUUGCUUGUACCCAGUGAAGUUUGGAGAUUUUUAAUGCUUUUUUAUUGUAGCUUUUGUCUUAUUAAAAUAAAUAAAUGGUAAUUUGGGUUAACUUCUGUCAGUGCAAAGUGAAAGACCUGAAUUCCUGGUGUCCCAGAAAACAUGAGGGGAAACUACACUGUCUGUGAUGUGUGUGUGUAUCUAUAUGUGCUGCUAUGCACAAAUCAUAUGUAUAUAUACAAGAGUGACAGAUUUGUUUAUCUUGACUGGCUGUCACAAGUCCAUGAAGCAAUUAGAAGACAAGUGUGGCUCCAGCCGGGAUGUUUUCAGUUUCAGGUUCAAGUAGCUCUCAAACUUAGACCUGAGAAAUGUCAAUCAGAGACUUGAAUCCCUACUGAAGAGAUUGCUGCCUUGUUCUCGGAACCAGCACAGGUGAUUCGUCCACGCAUCCAGUUAACUUAGUCACUUCUUUUGGGGAAUGGAAGUGGAAAUAAUUAUGUCUGAAUUUACUAGAAAUCUGAACAGAGCAAGGACCGAUCAUUUCACUCGUUCAUGUUUCCUGUAGUCUUUGGUGUGCUGGUUUGUUCAUUGGAGGCACAGAAAGCAAGAUAUAUAUCUUGGUUGGUUGUUUAAGUAAGCCAGUGUAUAUCAGUGGUCCUGGAAUAAUGAACCUGGAAUUUUUGGAUUCCCACUGACAUGACAUACAAUGACUGAAUGCACUAAAUAUAAAAGAUGUUUUGUGCACAUUUGCUCCUAGAAGAACACCAUGCUUUUCUAAAAGCAGUAACCAAGAGUUAAACUGUCUUGUGUUUUGUUUCAACAAAUGAACAAAUAUGCUUUGGAUCAUAAGAAAGUUUAGAUCUUUUCCUAAUAAUAGUUAUAUGUAUAUAAUAACCCUUCUGUUAAAAUCGAUUUUUAAUCGUUAGGAACAAUGAACUUUACAAACUGAAAUCUCCAUGGUUAUCAUCUCAACAGACGAGAAAUGUAGUGCCCCUAACCUGUUGCCGCUGUAAUAGUAACAGAAUAAACAUGUAUUA